CCGUCAAAUUGCUUUCAAGAUCAGUGAAGAUAUCUUUCAAUAAAUGUCUUCCCAUUGACCUGCAAAUCUUCACUCUUCCUUUCAUCAUUUUCUGUUUCUUCUCUCCUGUCCUCUCCCUCUUCAACUAUUGCUACUGCUACUUUUCACUACAAUACUGCAAUAUCUAAUGGAGCAACCCUUCCACUUUCUCGUUCUCUUUUGUAACACCUUACUCUUUCACUAGCAACUUCCCAUGUUCCUGUCUUUGUUGGAACCAAGCAACCUGCCACCACCACUCUGCUUAACAUUUCUAAAAUGGGUUGCUGUGUCAGUACCGACAGAUCUUAUUCUUCAUCCUCAAGCAAGCCUCGUGAGCCACCACUAAGAUCUACUACUAAAGGUUCAGAAAACAGAGCACCGCCACCGGAGGAAGAGACGGUGAAGGAAGUGUUGUCAGAAACACCCAAAUGGAAGCCCAAAUUCGAUGCGGAGAAGCCCACAGAGACCGAAGUUAAGAACGAGAAGGAGAAGUUAUUCAUCAAGCCCGAAGAGAUCUCUGAGGUUUCUGAAGUUUGCAGUGUGAGCGAGAGCGUGUCCACGCUCGCCGACGAAGAGUCGCGUCAGAGGGUCAACGGAUCUCCAACAAAGGUUCGUAAAGCGCGCUCCUUUUCCGGCGAGCUAGGGGCCCGAAGGGAAAGAACGGCGGGGAAGUCCCCUGCAAGAAGGGCGGAGCAGUCGCCGGGAAGAAGAAAUGCUGGGUCGGUGAGAGUUGUUCAAAUGGGCAAUGGAGUAAGUGGGAACCAGCCUCGCCGACGAGACGCCGGCGAGAAUUCCGGCCGUCGAUCCAGGUCGCCGGCUACCCGCAUCGACAGCGGGGCAGCUAGAUCCAUCGUGGGUCGUAGUCCGUCGGCAAGGAGAACAAAUCAAUCACCCGCACGGGUGAGAGCGGCGGCGGCGGAGAGCGCUGGCCGGAAAUUGGAGAAUUCGAAUAUGGAGGGUAAGUGGCCUUCUUCGGCUAACGAAUCACUAGAAAACCCACUUGUGUCGUUGGAGUGCUUCAUAUUUCUGUAGGCAAGCGAAUUGUGGCGGCGAUGACAGCAUGGAGUUGGUGAAAUUAGUGGUGAAGACAUAGUUGAUAUUAUUGUUAGUGAUUAUUAGUAGUGAUGGUUAACUCAUACUAGUAUUAAUUGUGUAGUACUUUGUUUGAUCAGUGUCUGAAGUGAUUUGGUGAGCAAUUUAAUUGAGUGUAGGAAGGUGUAAAUAGAUGAAGUCAUUUGUCAAUUGUAGGACAGUGAGUUAUUAUUGGAGGGAAAGGAAAGGGUGGUUUCGUUGGAUAAGUUGAAUACGUAAAUGGUGAAAACUAAAAAGGAAAACAAAAAUUGACCUAUCUUUCUUUAAUUGCA